CUAGGGUACGCGGCAUCUUGACUCCGCACAUGGCUUGCAAAAAGAAGCAGAGAAUACCACGUACCGGUAAAACCGGUGAGCUUUCUAUGGCUACCUCCUACCAAUGGCAGAGGGAACCCGGAAGGGCAUGGCUUCCUUCUACAGUAGGCAGGCAAUUGCAGCACGGUAGGUAGGUCUGCUUCGGCGGAAGCUGCUGUCUGAGUUGCUUGCAAGAGAAACUGGGCCGUGAGAUUGUGUGGCCAGCUGCUGAGAGCUCAGAGCAAGGCGUAGGGGGUUCGCAGCGUCUGCAGGACCUGGAAAUGAAUGUGCCCGCUCGAAAGUGCGCAAGAGCAGGAAGAGACUGAGCUAGGCCGACAAUUCCUGCAAAAUGGGAGCGCCAGAGGUGAAGGCUUCUGAUGCAGCGCGCCCGGCGGUGGCGCGUUUCCUCUGGGAGACGAACAGCGAGCUGGACGAGCCCGUGGUGGAUUAUCUGAGCGAAAUCAUCUUUGAGGAGGCAAUGCAACACAAGAAUGGCAAGAGCACUCAAGCAGUGACAGAAAACCUCCACCUUUUCCUUCCAACACUGCGAAUGGAUGGCCUUGAGGGCCGGGUGCAAGGCCUCCUCGAGCAAAUUCGAUGCAACGCCGCUGCCGGGAAGCCGCGGGACGACUACCGCGACUACUGGAGCUCCAACUUCUCCCUAUCUAGUUCCUCAUCUUCUCUCAACCCCGCUAUGAAGCGCAGCAUGUCGGCGAUUUCCAACUUCUCAAGCGCUAGCUCUGCUGAGCUCAACAAUGCGGCCAAUCUAGUUGCCCCAGUUCCUCUUGCUCGGAAGUCUCCGGGGGGCAAGGAAGAGGGGAAAAGCACCCCCCCGUUUGGGGGCCUCAGCCGCCCAGCCAGCAGCUGUUCGGUUGCCAGCAGAGCCUCGGACCACGAGGACAAGAAGGAGCUGGCGGCGAAGGACCUGAGUGCGACAAGUGUCGAGUCGAGCUAUGUGCCAGGUGGCGCCCUGUCAGUGGUUGGGGAGAACGGGCAGUCUAACGAAGAUGGGCCGGAAAAUGCAAAAGGGGUACCUGUGCCGGUGAAGGGGGUCAAGGGUCUGUGGGGGAAUGGAGGUCUGGCGGGGCUGGAUUCGCUGGGGUUCACGGGGUUCAACGUGUCGGAAAGCGCGCCGGGAAAGAUUGAGACGUCGCGCCUCUUGAGCGAGGGAGCCCAGAAGCAGCUUCCGGAGGGGAUGUUUGAGCUGGGUAUGCCGAUGGUCAAGAACGAGGGUUUGGCGCUGAUUAAGCACGAGGUUAAGGCUGACCAGGAUAUCUUUGAGUGCAGCCCAAAGAGCCCGCUUUCUGACAUGACCAGCCCGAGCAGCCUGGAGUCCCUUAGCAAGAAAGAGGCCCUCAGUGGCCUGGCCUUGGCACAGGCCCAGCGGCCCAGUUCUAAAAGCAGCCCGGAGGCUUCGUCUUCGGAUGACGAGGAGGGGGGGGUGAAUGAGGGGCAAAAAAAGGGGGGUGAGGAGAAGGAAGAGCUGGGGCAUGGGGGAUCCCCCUGGGACGAGGAUAGUGGGCUGACGAGCUUACAGCUGGCGGCACUGAGUCUCAACCCCAAUGCGGCCGAGUUUGUACCUCCUCAGGGGGGCAAGAGCGAGUCAGAGAAGGCGGACUCUCAAGCCCCCCUGUCAGAGAGCCCAGGGAGUGAGGGGGUCGAGAUACCAGCGAUGUCUGCCCCCCGGAAGAUCAACACGGGCGCGCCAGAGCCCCCCUUCGGCGGCCUCCCGGAGGAUUUCCACUUUGGCGAGGAGUCGCUCCCGAGGGACCUUCUCAAGAUGAGCGACGAGAUGAUCUUCGGCGCAAGUUUGGCGCGGGGGGGCAGCCCGAGCACUCUUUCAGGGGGGAGCCACAGCCCUGGGGCCCAGUCUCGGGCCUUCCCCCCUGGUGCGUAUGACGAUGUGCUGCGGGGUGCUGAGAUUAACAGGAGUGUCUCGAUGAACUCGAUGAGGGGGGAGAGCAUGGGCAUGCCUAUCAGAGUGCCAGACGACGGGAGGCGCAGCCAAGAGGACAUGAGGCGCGCGCAGUUUGAGGCUGACCGCAGGCUCCACGAUGACCUCGCCCGCCUGCCCCCCCUGGCCAUGGACCUCUCCGAGGAGGGCCGCUUCGACCCCCGUUUCAGGGGGGGCCGCACGCUCCCCGAACACAGCGCCCCCUUCCCCCCCGACUUCAGCCCCCGCGAGGGCCCCCUUUUCCACCGCAGGGGGAGCGAAGGCAGCCUUGGCAUCCCCCCCUCUCCCCGUCGCGACGCAAUGUUUGCCCCCCCCUUCCGCGGACCCCCUCCCCUGGACCACUCCCCCCCGGGGGGCAGUCCGCGAUUUGCGCUGGGCCCGUCCGCCCCCCCAGGUCCCCCCCCCUUCGCGCACCGCACCCCCAGCCGCGAGAACCUGCGGGGACCCCCCCCCUUCGGUUUCAACCGGCCGUUCGACGGACCCCCCCCUCUAGACUACAUGGGCGAGCCAGUCCGUCCUGGCUUCGGCGAGUUCUUCGACGCGCCACCCCCCAGGGGCCGGCUCGACGACGGCCCUCCCCCCCGCUUCGACAGGGGGUUCGACCACCCCCCGUUCCCAUCCCCCCGCGGCAUGAGACCGGACUUCGACCCGGCGUUUGGUCCUCGGGGCUUCGGCAGGGGGUUCCCAUCGCCCCGCGGUCCACCCCCCCCUCUUGGAUACGACUUCCCCCCCAGUCCGAUGAGGGGCGGGGGCAUGAGGGGUCCACCUAUUGAGGAGACGGGGCCGGAUCCCGUGCAAGUUCUGGCGGCGGAAUUCCCAGGGUUCCCUGCGGAGGGACUGGCGGAGAUUUUCUUCUCCAACGGUUGUGACCUGGCGCUGACAAUGGAGAUGCUGACUCAGCUCGAGGUGCAGGAGGGCAACAGUGCUGUCAGGAGACGCCAGCCCCCGCCGCCGCCUCCUUCCCUGGGCAUGAACGACUUCCCUGCCCUUGGGGGAGGAGAACCACCAUUCCCAUCCCACAGAGAAGCCAGAGAGGCAGACGUCCAAGACUUCGCCGCCGCUGUCCGCAAGGCCGCCGCCGCCCAAAACGCCCCCAGCCGCUGGGCCUACGAUGCACCCCCCCCGCGCCGGAGCGACUUCCCCAGGGGGGUCCCUCGUGGGGAGUCUCCACCCCCCUGGCUCGAAACUGGGGAUGCCGUUGCGGGAAUGUACGGCCAGCUGAGGGAUGAGGCGCGCGAUUAUGCGAGGGCGAGAAACGCAUGCUUUGAGCAGGCGACUGCGGCGUAUCUUGCCGGAAACAAGGCCCUCGCGAAGCAGCUGAGCGCCAAGGGGCAGUGGCACAACGAGAGGAUGAAGGCUGCCCAUGCGCGCGCCGGCGAGGCCAUCUUUGCUGAGCGCAACCCCCGGCGCCCGGGGGAUCCCCCGAUGCUGGACCUCCAUGGCCUCCACGUGGCAGAAGCGAUCCCCAUCCUGAAGCGCGAACUCGCCGCUCUGAAGGCGCAGGCCGCGCACACCCGUCAGCGCCAGCAGAUUUACGUCGUCGUCGGGACGGGGCAUCACACCAAGGGGGCGAGAACGCCCGCGAGACUGCCCCUGGCAGUGGAGCAGUUCCUGCAGGAGGAGCGGGUCAACUUCUCGGAGCCGCAGCCGGGAUUGCUGAGGAUUCUGGUUUGAGGGGGGUUAGGGUUCGGGGCGUUGGUUAAGGGUUUGAGCGGGUGGGGAGUACGGCUAUGAGGAAGAGGGGUUAGGAUUUGAGAAAAAGGGUUCAGAGCUCUGAGGGCGGGGGUCUAGGGGUUGAGGACGGGGAUCUGAGUUUCUGAAAAAGGGUGGAAUUUAACGGUAUUGGGGAGAUGGGGGAGGAUCGAGGCGGGGGCGCAGUCGGAGACGAGGUUCGGUUUGAAGUGGAAAAGGAUGGGUUUGGUAAGGUCUGUUGGAGGUCGGGUCUGAUAUGACGGCGGGUUUGGGUGGACAAGAGAAGAGCGAUAUUGA